AGCACAUCACCUUCUAAUCACUUGUCCACCAAAAACCAGCUCCUUUAAUACCAAUUGUCUUUCCCACAAAUUUAGGCACGUAAAUAGAGCAUAGUAAUUUCACUAGUCAAAUACUACUAGUUACCAUGGCUUCUUCAGAGAAAGCAGCACCAGGACCAGAGAAGAUUGAGGCAGCAGUCACAGCGACAGAGCCAGAAAAGAUUGAACCACCACCACCAGCAAAACCAACCCUGGUGCCGGAAGAGCCGCCGCCGGAGACUAAAGCUGUAGCAACUGAGUCCCCUCCUAUCAACUACUUUCCAACAAUUGAUGUGGUUUUGAGGGUUCUAUUGUUUGCUGCAGCAGUGGUAUCUGUUGUAGUUACUGUAACUAGUAAGCAAACCGAACUUGUUGCAAUACCAUUUCCACCUUUCCGGGCACCCGUCCCUGCUAAAUUCAAUCAUUCACCCGCCCUCAUAUACCUUGUAGCAGCACUCUCAGUUGCUGGCCUGUACGGCAUCAUAUCUACGUUGUUGUCUGUUUAUGCCCUCUUGAAACCAGAUUGGUCAACAAGGCUGUUGUCACAUUUGGUGAUAUUCGACGUGCUACUUCUGGGAAUUGUAGCUUCUGCAACUGGAGCUGCAGGUGGAGUUGCAUAUGUAGGACUGAAGGGCAACUCCCAUGUUGGCUGGCGAAAAGUGUGCGACACAUAUGAUGUGUUCUGCAAACAUCUUGCAAGUUCUAUAGCAAUCUCAUUGUUCGCUUCAGUCCUGCUGGUAUUGCUUGUUUUGCUCUCCAUUUACUCAUUAUCCAAGAAGAUUCCUAAGUAGAGUCACUGAUCAUGACCUGAGAGAUAUCUGAACCAUCUUCAAUGUACCCGUGUGUUAGUGAGUACCAUUCAGAGUUUGUGUAUGCAUGGUUGGUGUUGGUGUGCAGCAACAUUGGAAUUAGAAUCUUCUCGUAGUGCUUAUAUGUAAAUUUAAAACGCAGUGCAAUUGCGAGGAUUCAUGUUUCAGUUGCAACUACUGCAACACUAUUCUGAAAAUUCUCUGCUGUCUGUCAUUCCUUCAAGUAAACAUGUAUAGCAUCGAACUUCAGGGCAGGCACGUGGUUUCAUUGCCUGAAUU